GUCAGAAUGGGUGGAAGAGGACGUGGGGGUCGAGGCAGGGGGAGGGGCAUGACCUACGAACAGCUGGGAGUUCAGAAAGGAGAGGUUUUACCCGAGAGAGUUGUUGGGCCACCAGAAACUUACCCUCCACUUGAGUUCCGCCCGGUGCAGCCUGCACAAGAAAAAAACCUAGCUGAAUCCUACCUGUUAGUGGUGAAGAAAGAAUACCGAGAACACAUGCAAAAUUCACAGUACUAUAUUCACCCAGGAGUAAAGAGACCUGAUAUUGAAAGAUACUCAGACAGAUAUCAGUUACUAGCAGGUCAUCGUGGGCAGUUGAAUAUAAACUGGUCUCGGUGUCCGAAGGAACUCAGUCACUCUAGUACAGCAGCAAAGAAGAGAAAAAGUUGGACCAAAAAGGCCACUGUGAAAAAGGCAAAAGUGAAAGACCUAAAUGUAAGUGAGGCUUUAGAGGCAUUACAGAAAAAGGAAGAAACACAGAGUAAGGAAGGGGUUGAAGAGGAAGGAGAAGAAGAGGGUAAACCUGAGGGUGAAGAAAUAGAGGAAUUAGAAGAGGAUGAUGAAGAGCUUGAUGAGGGUACAGAUUAUGUCAAUAAUUAUUUUGAUAAUGGUGAUGAUUAUAUUGAUGAAGAAGAUGAUGCCCUUGAAGAAGGUGGUGUUUUUUAGUGUUUCAAACAAAUAGAUUUUUGCUCAUAUGAACCAGUCACCAUAAAUAAUGUAUAUUUAUAAAGAGAUGUGCAACUAUUGAAGGAAAAAAAUAAUCCAUGGCAACUGGUAGGCCUUUUUCAUUUACUUAUUUUCACUCCAAAAGAAUUUAAAAUAUUUUAAAGCUUUUUCAUCUUAUUAUUUGCUUCUUAUUUGAGAUAUUGAUAAUCAAUCACUUUUUUGUAUUUAAUAAAACAUUUUCAAUAUGCAUAGAAAUGUGCUGAUUUUAUAUAUUUAUUGUCUUUAUAAGAUAAUCUUAAUAAUAAUGAAGUGUGAAAU